AUGACGAGCUAUAGCUCUCGAAGCUUGACUCGCACGCACAAAGUGACCGAUCGUGACCACGUGGGCCUCGCCAAUGGCACCGCGGCGCCAGAGGAGCACCUUCCUCGCUACUUCGGUAAGGCAGGAUACUCCGGUAACGACCCAUCCCAGACCAAGAAGCAAGGUGGUGGCAAAGGCAAUUGGGGCCGUGACGGAUAUUCCGAGCUCGAGGACUAUGACUACAACACUGUCAAGCCACGUCGCCGCACCAACAGUAUUUCCAAAGCUGCCGGUCACUCUCCAUUGAAGACCAAGUUCGAAGCGGUUGAUCCUGAGGCGGUUGCUGAGUAUGACGAGGAGCUCCACGGGCCGGAGACCACAGAUCGUGCUGAGAUGCAUGACUUGCGCAAGAUGUCUACCUCGAGCUCAGCCAACACUAUGCUGAGCGUUGAGCAAGAGGAAGAUGCUGCUGCCGCUGCGGUUGCUGGAGCUGAGGAGAAGUAA